AAGAAAUGUCAAAUGCCUCUGAGCUGUUUUAUUGAGAGGAAAUACAUGCAAAUGUAAUUUUAAAAUAUGAUGAAGUCUAGAUUACAGUUUCAUUAAAGUCAGUUUCCACUUCAUUACAACUGCGAUAUCGUUUCAAUCACAUUACUGUAAACAAGACCCCCACCACCCCGUCUCAUUUUAAACAACGAAACAGCAAAAUCAUUAAUUUUCAAAUUAACAAUAUUAUAACCGGUCUGGAGUGUUCAGUCAUAUGAAAAACAUUGUUCUGCUAAAUAUUAUUUUCAAAAAGUUAAUUAACAGGGAAGCAAUAAUUCUUGGUGCAUGUAUGGCGCCAAGUAUCGUCAGCGUGAUCUUGUUUUAAGAGUUACACGUCUCAUGGAAUAAGAAAUUCUGCAUUUCGGUCCUAAAGGUGUGGAUCGACCUUUAGUGUAACACCGUGUUUUUUUAUCAAAUGUUGUAGCACUCUUUCUUGGCGUCUGUAUGGCGCCAAAUAAUAUUUCGAUGAGACGUCAAUAAUGCCAUGCAUAAAAUGUGGUUCUAAACUGAGACAUUAUGACAAGAUCAUGUUUGGUUGUAAUCAAACAGCACAAAAAUGUAUCGAAUCGUUAUUAAGCCAACGAGUGACUAGUGGACCCGUAAUUUUUACGUAUGUAAUAUCGGCAUUCUUCGGUAAUUACCGAAACUAGUGCGUGUAUGAACUAAAUUUACGAAGAAUGCUGCUAUCUGAGGUCAUUGUUCAAUUUUAAAAUAUUUACUGUGAAAAAAAUAGCUUUCUGAAUUUGGCAGACAUUGAAAUCAGUCUGAUAAACACUUCUAAAUUUCAUUGUGAUCUUCUAUAAUUAUUAUGUAUUUUCAUCAAAAUGUGAAGUUAUUAAUGAAGCAAGUUAAUCCUGAAUAAAGUACUUUGUCUACACAGCAAGUACCUCUGUCAAACAAAUGUUAGACAAAUGUUUGGUUUGUUAGAAGUAAAGUAAAUUUUCACAUUUUGUUAAUAGCUGAAUAAGAUUGCGCAUAUCUAACAGCAUCGACAAUGAGAUAUACAAUAAGGUGUAUACUACCACUUUUAUAUAUUAAGUUAACUUGUACUGCGUGUGUCUACAUAAUUUUCUCUUAAUAUAAAUUUGUUCAUGGAGUGAAGGUAAUAGAACUUUCGGUGACGGAAUAAAGUUAUGAUAUUUAAAGCUUUACGUACUACUUGAAGUAAGUAAAAAUGGCUCAGAAUGAAAAUUCUUCGGAUGCUCAAAAACCUAAUAUAAAAAUGAAGAGAAAAGUCUAUAAAGCCAUUGUUAUGAUGGAAAAUGAAAUUGAGGAAAUUGAAGAGAUGGACACAAGAGAAGAUGAUGUUUGGGUCUGCACGUUUCCAAGAUCAGGGACAACUCUAACACAAGAAAUGGUAUAUCUGAUUCAAACAUUAGACUUCGAAACAGCGAAACGUAUGCAGCUGGACGAACGAUUUCCGAUAAUUGACUUUAAAGAUGAUAGGUACCCUUACUUCAAAGGCAUUCAACCUAUAAAAGAUAUGAGGUCACCUCGAAUGAUAAAGUCGCACUUACAUCAUUUUCUUUUGCCGAGGCAGCUCCGAGAAGGAAAAGGACGGAUUAUAUACAUUGCCAGGAAUCCUAAAGACGUCGCAACAUCUUUCUAUAAACUCGGUGUAUACGGCAGUGAGCUUGUGGAAGAACAUAAAACAUUUGAUCAAUUCAUUGACGGUUUUGUCAAUGGAACAGAAUACGCUUGCCCUUGGACUAGACAUGUCUUGGAAUACUGGGAAAGGAGAAAUGAUGGGAAUAUUUUGUUUCUAAAAUAUGAAGAGAUCGUGCGGGACAAACCUUCUACCAUCAGACAAAUUGCGGAUUUCUUGGGAAGAGAGCUAAGUAGCAAAGAUGUAGACAGAAUAGUUGAACAUUGUCAUGUGGACAACAUGAGGAAUAACCCUAUGGUAAACGGGUCAUACUGGAAUGACUUCAAACACAUGAAUUUCCAAUCAGACUGGAGAUUUAUAAAUCAAGGAAGACCUGGUACUUGGCAUGAAAAGUUGACACCAGAGCAGAGCAAAAUGAUAGAUAGCCUGAUCAAAGUCACUGAAAAGUCCGGUUUAUUCUUCGAACAAACAUAAAGAAGAAUAUGUAACAAAUUUUGCCUCUGUGAAGUCCGCUUUAUUCCUCUAACAAAUAGAAUUGGAAAACGUUGAUUUUUGAAGUGGUGAGAACCGGAUUAUCCUUUAAAAAGCAUUAUCAGGGAGAAACAUUGAAUUUUGUCACUGAAAAAACCAACAGCAUAAAAGACGGACGUUAAUUAUUGUCACUUUUUAAAUUGAAAAACUUCUGUUCAAAGUAAUUUUUUGAAAAUAUAUCACUUAGAAAUCCAACAAUUUACAAUGAUCAGAAGUGUUUCUUUUUCAGAUAUUCAAAACAUGAAGUCAGAUUUGUGUAUUAAGUAUAUAGAGGAUAUUUGUUUGUUUUCGUGAAUAUGGAAUAUAUCUCACUGAGAAGUGAGAAAAUUUCAAAUAUUUUCACGAGCGCGUAGCGCGAGUGAAAAUGUGAACAUUUUCUCACUUUGAGGUAAGAUAUAUUCCAUAUUCACGAAAAACAAACAAAUUUUCUUUUUAUUUUAUGCUCAAUUACGUUGCAUGAUGU